AAACAUAUGGACGGCGUGGAUAUACAAUACAUACAUCGAAGUGGGUCCUACAGUAAGGGUCGCACCCACAUCAAUGCUUCCGGGGUGGCAGCCGCACUCCACAGGACCACAACUAUUACCAUCCCCUCUUCUCUUCUCUUCUCUCAUCAGGAGUCGUUUGGCACCCACAUAAUCUUCGAUUUCGUAAAAUGUCGUCGAAAAGAGCUGCCGCUGCCGCUGCUCAAAAGGGUAAAACUCUCUCCUCUCCAGCUUCUAUUGAAAUUACCAUUUCUGCCCUUGAUUCUAAAAUCACAGAGAACAAGAUCCCGACUCCAACCCAAUUCAACCAUUUGGUGAAUGAUCUAUUCAAUUCGAUUCGAGCCGGUGCUUUUGUGAGGUUAGAGGAUGCUGCGGGCCUCUUCAAUCGUAUGGUCCGCACGCAGCCGCCGCCUUCGAUCCAGACCUUUAAUCGCCUGUUAACUACUAUUGCUAAAAUGAAACACUAUUCGACCGUGAUUUCUUUGCAUCGGGAGAUGAAUUGGUUAGGGAUCCCAUCCGAUAUCUGUACAUGGAACAUUCUUCUCAAUUGUUCCUGCCGCUUGAAUGGCAUCGGUUCUGGUUUUGCUAUUCUCAGCGACAUCCUGAAACGUGGCCAUGAGCCGAAUGUCGUGACUCUGGCUACUUUUAUUAAGGGGUUUUGUAUGGAAGGGCGGAUUGGGGAAGCGAGUAGUUUCUUUCUGAAGACGGUAGAAAUGGGAUAUCCUUAUAAUGUGGUGUCGUUCGGGAUACUAAUCGACGGUCUUUGCAAGUCGGGGAACACCGGAAUGGCUCUUGGGUUGCUUCGGAAAAUGGAGAAGGGAGCGGUUAAAUGUAGUCCUAACUUUGCUGUUUAUAACACAAUCAUCGACAGUCUAUGCAAAGAUGGGCUCACAAGGGAGGCGCUUAACCUCUUCUCAGAAAUGGUUGGUAAAGGGAUUCUGCCGGAUGUUUUCACUUACAGUUCUUUAAUUCAUGGACUAUGCAAUUUAGGGCAAUGGAAAGCAGCAAUGAGUUUGUUCGAGGAAAUGUCAAAUCGAGGAAUCUCGCCUGAUGUCACAACUUUCACCAUACUGGUGAAUGCUCUUUGCAUAGAAGGAAUGGUUAAAGAAGCCCAUGGAUUACUAGAAUUGAUGACUCAGACAGGUGUGGAGCCUGAUGUAAUCAUAUAUAAUGCAUUGAUAAAUGGCUACUGUUUUAUUGGCCAAAUGGAUGCUGCCUUAAAGAUAUUUGAUUACAUGGCGUGUAAAGGUCAUAAGCCUAGUGUUGUGACUUAUAACAUGUUAAUCAACGGCUAUUGCAAGAAGCAGAUGGUAGACAAGGCUAUGCAACUUUUCCUAGAAAUGCCUUGCAAGGGAUUGAAGCCCGAUAUUGUUACUUACAACACUCUUAUAGAUGGGCUGUACCAGGUACGGAGAAUUGUGGCUGCACAAGAGCUCUUCAAUGAGAUGCAAGCUCAUGGACAAUGUCCGAAUCUCUUCACAUACACCAUUUUGAUGGAUAGGUUGUGUAAAAGUGAGUGUCCUGUCGAGGCAAUGAAACUACUUAAUGAGAUGCAAAUUAGAGGAAUUCAACCAGAUAAUAAAGUUAUUGAUGUCCUUAUCAAUGGGAUGUGCGACACUGGGGAACUUAAAUAUGCGAAGGAGCUUUUCAGUUGGGCCUCUACCACGGGCUUGGGGAAUAAUGUUAGGACAUAUAACAUGUUAAUCAAUGGGCUCUGUAAAGAAGGGCUUUUGGAGGAAGCUAAUGGAUUGUUCUUGCAAAUGGAAGAGAAGGGUUUCCAACCAGACAGUGUCACCUACAAUGCUUUAAUUAGGGGCUUUCUACAAAAGAAUGAGACCCUCAAGGCAAUGCAACUUCUCGGGGAAAUGUCUAAAAGACAUUUUUCUGUGGAUGCAUCCACCGCAACUAUGUUAGUGGGCUUGCUCACAGAGGACGAAAAAGGUCAAGAAUACUUGGGAAUGCUUCAUAAAUUUGUGCCCUAUGGAGAAGAAAGAUGAUCUUAGAACUGUGGUGUCCUAUCUACGAAGCAACCCAAAAAUUUCCUGCAUAGGUCUUUGGGGACGAUCUAUGGGUGUACUUUCACAAGGUAGUUAAUCACACAAUCUUAGAAUUGAUCAUUUCUUGAUUGCUGAAUUAUAGUAUCUUGAUCUAUUAGCUGUAAUUGUGCUAAUUUAUUUCUACUUGUAAAAAUCUGCAUUUGUAUGCCCCCCCCCCCCCCCACCCUUUUCUCUCUCUCUCUCUCAUGUACACAAACUAUCGUCUGUUCUUGAUAUUAAGAUAUAUCUAUUUCAAAUUUGGCCCUUCAUUCAGACAUUCAAAUGGGAAUAAGUCUGCUGCAUGGAUUUGUAAUUUGAUUCAGACACUUCUUACAUCUUUGGUUGCAUUUUUCUCAUCUUAAAAAUGACUACAGGGUUGAAGAAUCAUAACACAUCAUCCCAUGCUUUAUAAUUUUUCAAAACUAUGCUGUCAUGUUUUUCUUUUUAGCUGAUCUGUUAAUGUCAGCAGGCUAAUGGUGCAAAUUGAAGAAGUUUGAAUAUAAAAUAAAAUAGGCUUGUAGAUGUUUUCAAGAUAUUAGUCAUUGCAUUGAGAUUUUUUAUUUUUUAUUUUUAUUUUUUAUUUUUCUGUUUUUCUCUCGAUCAGGUUUUUGUACUCAAUUUUCACACUGGGUGAAUGACAAUAUUUUUGGAAGGGAAUGUACCAUAUAAUUCAUAUCUUUUGAUUUAUGGAUAUGCUUUCACUGGGAUUAUUGGCAGCAUUAAUGUAAUAUAAAUAAUCUUUUCAUCUAAAUUUAAUUUCAAUCUUUUCUUAUAAUUAAAUGGGAAGGAUGAUGUCAAAUGCCUAUAAUCAAAUGCCUCCAAGUCAAUGAUACCCCCAAAUUAGGUUUUACCAACAGAUUAAUGUUGAGAUCCAAUUGACUUGUAAUAUAAAUCAUCUUGUGCCGAACUUUAAACACUUAGCAUGGGUCAUAUUAUUUACUUCUGGUUUACUCUAUCUAAGACUGAUUUAAGUGGAUAUCUUCUAUGGCUUGGAGCCUAGGACUACUACUAUAAAUGUCAAAGGUUUCAGAGAAAUUUUAAUCCUUGGAUGCCUAGACAAAUGUCGCAAAAGGAUGGUAUUGAAAUCUGGUGAAAGAGAUUUGGAUAUUUGUCCAGUGAGUGGCCCUCUGUCUACCAGCUCAUCGCUGGGAGCUGAUCCAAGAUCUUUUUAAAGUCUGGCAAGCUCCUGUACGGGGCACCGUUACGGGUGGCAUGAUCAAGUGAAAAACAUGGAAGCUUGGAUGAAAGAAGAUAUAAUAGCUGAGGUAACACAAUCUGGUGGUCGAAUGCUAUUGCAUCGUGAAGAACUUAAUCCAGUGUUGAAGCAUUCCAGUGUAGAAGGGUACUGGGAGAACAUUUUAUUAGAUGAUGUGAAGACGCCUGCAGAAGUAUAUGCCUCUCUGAAAGCUGAAGGCUACAAUAUUGAAUACAAGAGGAUACUGCUAACAUGAGAAAGAGAAGCCUUAUUGACAGAUAUUGACUCAAUCCACUCCUGUCAAGAUGAGUAUGAAUCAUGUAUCAGACAGCUAGCAACUAUUAUCUGUUUUACGAUCUGCAGGUUGCUAUAUUUUUGUGUCACGCACUGGUUAUGGGGGAGCUGCUUAUGCAAUAGCGAUCACUUGUCUUACACUGGUUAUGGUGUGCCCUGCCAUGAUGGACUUGUUGAGGCCUUUGAAAUUGGAGUGUGAACUUCAGUGAGGGGUGCAGUUUGCCUGUUGUCUUUAUCCUGUAAUUUGGGCAAACAUCUUUGGUAAUUGUUACAUGAUUAUUUUGAGCGGCAGUCAUUUGGUUUUGCUUUUUUUUUUUUCGCAAAUUUGCAGGCGAUAUUUUUUUCUAAUCACAUUCAAGAGCAGCUGGAUGUGAUGCUUGUUAUGGAGCAAUAAUGCCUAAUUCUUUUUCUUAUUUUCUGGCAUAGGUCGCAAUGUAUAAGAGAUUAUAUGAAAAUGAGCUUAAAUCUCGUGCUUUGGCACUAAUCUUUGUGCGUCUUCAUUGAUCCUAAAUGACAAUCCAUUUCUGUGCAGGUUUUGUUUCAUGAUCCCAAGCAUAAGAAAAUUUAUGCAACUGAAGGUCUAAUGACUGAGAUUUGCUAGGUGCACAUGCAGGCACUCGUUCGAGAGAGGCACGCAUGUUGAACUGAGCAGCGGCUCUAGGUAUUGGCGUUGGAGAGAAGCUUCCCCACCCAAUGACAUGGCUGCUUCUGUAGUAAGAGAGAGAAAAGAAGAGAAGGAAAAAAAGAUGUGAGAAGUGUUUGAAGAUUAGCUGAUAGAUGAGUUGUUAUAUUGAAUUAUUUAUAUAAACAAAGAAGCUGAAGUUUGUAAUUCGUAACUUCAUUCUUCAGAUAAUGGUAUUUAGAAGGUUUGCAUAUA